AUGGACAUGGACAUCACCCAGGCCUUCCAGGAGGGAAUGAGCUGCGUCAUCUGCUUGAAUACCCUCAUUGACCCGGUCACCAUAGUCUGUGGGCACACUUUCUGUCGACCAUGUCUCUGCCUUGCGUGGGAAAAAGCUCAGAAUCCCGCCAGGUGCCCGGUCUGCAGGGCUCCAUCCAAGCGGAGGAACCUCAAAACCAACAUCAAGAUGAAGAAUCUGGUGUCCAUUGCUAGAAAAGCUAGCCUCCAGCAGUUCCUGAGCUCUGAGGAACACAGGUGUGAGACACACCAGGAGCCAAAGCAGAUGUUCUGUGAGGUGGAAACCAAGUUACUGUGUAAGCUCUGCUCCCGAUCUUCUGAGCACCAGGCUCAUCGACACAGUCCCAUUGAAGAGGCUGCUGAGGCCCACCGGGAGAUGAUUUUAAAACAAAUGACAUCCUUAUGGGACAAGAUACAAGAAAACCAGAGAAAAAUCCAUCAAGAGAUUGUUUUAAUCAAAGAGUGGGUUUGUUAUAUGCAGGAAUACAGAAGAUCCAGCAAGAAUAUGUUUGAGAUACUGCUGCCACAAUUACAGGAGGAGGCAAAGAAGCAUUCAGAGAGACUUAUCAAAGAAAACCGGGUGACUUUACAGCAACUUAAAGCAAGAAAAAGGCAAAUGUUUAAUAAAAAGACACAUCUCAGAAAAAUGUAUCAGGAGCUGAUGAAAACAUACCAAAAUCCAGAUGUGAAACUCCUCAUGGACUGGAAAUAUACACGAGCCAGAUGUGAGUCAUUGUUGGUAUAUAUGCCCCAGCCAAUGAAUCCAAAGCUCCGUGCUCUUCCCAUCUCCGGACUGAUGGAUGAACUCAACCAGCACAGAGUGGAGAUUUCCUUCAGUCAGGAGACACAGAAGGCUGGUAUGAGGCUGUUUGACAACGUAAGAAUUGUGAUAGAAGACAGUGUUGAUGCAUUUUUUAAUUCUGAUAGAUCCAACUUCUCCACUGCAUGGGGUGUCCAGACAUUCAGCUCCGGGAAACAUUACUGGGAGCUGACUGUGGAUGACUCUUUGGACUGGGCACUAGGCGUCUGCAGGAGUUCCAGGAAACGGAAGAAGCCCAUGGUAAUUCACUCUGGGGACAUAUUCCUCCUUUUAUGUGUGAAGGGGAAGAAGGAUACUUGUCUGUUUACCACCUGCCCAUUUUUGCCUCACUAUAUAGAGAGGCCUGUGGGCAGGAUUGGUGUGUUUCUCAACUUUGAAGAUGGAAGCUUGAGUUUUGUGAAUGUUGCUAAGGGUUCCAUUAUCUGGAAGUAUGACACUGGGUCCUUCCAAAUUCCUGUCAGGCCUUUUUUUUCCACUGAGCGUUCAACAUGA